AUGUAUUUCUUUUUGAGAUAUUCUUGGUUGGUCAGUUUUUAUAUUCUUAUUAGUUUUGCCAUUGGUGAAGACGUUAAGUAUGCCACUCCAUGUGAAGUUUGUAAAAUAGUUGCCGGUGAACUUGAAGACAGACUCAAGGAAACUGGUAAAAGCCACGAAAACAUCGAAACAGGCUACAGCAUUGAAGCUAAAAAGGCAAAAAAGAAAUAUAUCAAAUCGGAGCUUAGAUUAGUUGAAUCUCUUGAAGGACUUUGUGAAAGAAUUCUUGAUUACCGAAUGCAUAAAGAAAGGACAGAUACAUCUAGAUUUUCAAAAGAAAUGAGCCAAACUUUUAAAACACUCCAUGGUUUGGUUGCAAAAGGUGUUAAAGUUGAUUUAGGAAUUCCUCAUGAGAUGUGGGACAAACCACCAGCAGAAGUUACCCAUCUGAAAACUCAGUGUGAAUCUUUAAUAGAAGAUUAUGAAGAAAGAAUAGAAGAGUGGUACAACCACCAACAAGAUAAUAUGGAUUUACAGAACUAUUUGUGUCGACAGCAUGUUUUGCCCAAAAGCCAACAAAAAUGCCUCGAUGAAAAGGGUGAAACAAAAGUCAAGAAUGAAUUAUAGUCAAGCCAUUUGUCCAAAUUACGCUUCAUUAAAUAAAGGCAGUACUUAUGA